AGGAGCGGGUGCGCGUGGCCGUGUCCCCAUCCCUAGACCUCCCGUAAAAGGCGUCCUUCUGGUCCGUCUUGCCGUGAUCUGGCCUCCCCCACCAGCAACCCACCCCUACUUUUGCCCCCCAGCCCCUCCGGCCACUCAUGGAGGGAGACGUUAUGGACAAACUGGACGACAUGGCUUCGGUGUACGAGUUCGACCCGUUCACGGGCAACAUUCCCGCCACCAAAGUGGAGAUCACCGUGUCCUGCAGGAAUCUUCUAGAUAAAGACACAUUCUCCAAAUCAGACCCAAUGUGUGUCCUUUACACACAAGGAAUCGAGACCAAGCAGUGGAGAGAGUUUGGAAGAACGGAGGUGAUUGACAACACACUAAAUCCAGACUUUGUCAGAAAGUUCAUCCUCGACUACUUCUUUGAGGAGAAGCAGAACCUUCGGUUUGACUUAUACGAUGUUGACUCUAAAAGUCCAGACCUCUCAAAACACGAUUUCCUCGGGCAGAUGUUCUGCACCCUGGGUGAGAUUGUGGGGUCACCAGCGAGUCGGCUGGAGAAGCCUCUUGGGGGUAUUCCUGGGAAGAAGUGUGGCACCAUCAUCCUGUCGGCAGAAGAGCUGGGAAACUGCAGGGAUAGUGCGACCAUGCAGUUUUGCGCCAAUAAGCUGGACAAGAAAGACUUUUUUGGCAAGUCGGACCCCUUCAUGGUAUUCUACAGAAGUAAUGAAGAUGGAACGUUCACCAUCUGCCAUAAGACAGAGGUGGUGAAGAACACCCUCAAUCCAGUCUGGCAGUCUUUCACCAUCCCAGUGAGAGCGCUCUGCAACGGAGACUAUGACCGAACUAUCAAGGUGGAGGUUUAUGACUGGGAUCGAGAUGGAAGCCACGAUUUCAUUGGUGAAUUCACCACCAGUUACCGUGAGCUAGCCCGAGGUCAGAGUCAAUUCAACGUGUAUGAGGUGGUGAAUCCGAAGAAGAAGAUGAAGAAGAAGAAAUACGUCAAUUCAGGCACGGUGACGCUGCUGUCUUUCUCUGUGGAAUCCGAAUUCACUUUCCUCGAUUACAUCAAAGGAGGGACCCAAAUCAAUUUCACGGUGGCCAUUGAUUUCACCGCCUCUAAUGGUAACCCGUCCCAGUCCACGUCCCUCCACUACAUGAACCCGUACCAGAUGAACGCCUACGCCAUGGCGCUCAAAGCUGUGGGGGAGAUCAUCCAGGAUUAUGACAGCGAUAAGAUGUUUCCCGCUCUGGGCUUUGGAGCCAAACUGCCCCCUGAUGGACGCGUGUCUCACGAGUUUCCUCUGAACGGCAAUAUUGAAAACCCCUACUGUAACGGCAUCGAGGGGAUUCUGGAGGCUUACCACCAGAGCUUAAAGACUGUCCAGCUUUAUGGACCCACAAACUUCGCCCCUGUUGUCAACCAUGUGGCAAGGUACGCAGCAGCUGUGCAGGACGGCUCGCAGUACUUCGUUCUCCUCAUCAUCACAGAUGGAGUCAUAUCAGACAUGUCCCAGACCAAAGAGGCCAUUGUGAACGGUGCCAAGCUCCCCAUGUCAAUCAUCAUUGUCGGAGUGGGCCAGGCUGAAUUUGACGCUAUGGUGGAGCUGGACGGUGAUGACAUCAGGAUCUCCUCACGAGGGAAGCUAGCAGAACGGGACAUUGUCCAGUUCGUGCCGUUCCGCGAUUACAUGGACCGGACGGGGAACCACGUGUUAAGCAUGGCACGGCUGGCCAAAGACGUCCUGGCUGAAAUCCCUGACCAGUUCAUCUCCUACAUGAAGAGCCGGGGCAUUAAACCCAACCCCGCGCCCCCUCCCUACACACCCCCAGGACACACACACCACACACAGAUCUGAGACCAUGCUCCUCUGAGGGCUCGCUGGAGAUGACAUCAGCCUCCCUUAGAAUUCUGGGACAGGCCUGAUGGAGCAGCGGAGAAUCGUGGCUCCCUGCGCUAACAUGUGUUCGGACUCUUCAGGACACUAUUAAGUGCCGAGGCAUUUCUGUUCGUGCUUUUUCGUACGUUUGUACAUUUUCCUGCCUGUUUUCAUGCCGGGAAUUCGCCACAAUCGGACUUGAGUACAGGUUUUGUCGUUUUUUGUCAAAAGGAAAAAAAUCUUGGCCUGUGACUGUUCUCAGUUCUUUUUGGGGGCGAUGAGUUGAGAAGCAAAGGAGAGGAGGAGGAGGAGGAGGAGGAAGAAAGAGGAAGAGGACGACUGUGUUUGUGGUCUCAGCUCGUGCCUGUCUGUGGUCGUCUCAAUGUACCAGGACAAGUGUGCUGUGCUCUGACCUUUUGACCUUGCUCCGCGUUGGUGUAUUAGCGCGUAUGUGCAUUCAGGUGACGUUUUUAGAUACCUUUCUCAAUGGUGUUUAUUUUAGAGCGAGACGUUGUUUGUGUGCAUUUGAUUUGUCAUUUCUGCACAACACUUGUGUUAAACGUUGCUUUUCAGAUCUUACGUUCAUUUGAUCUUCAUUCUUGUCUGUCUGAAGCCAUUCAUUUUCAUGAAAGCAUGUUGAAAGGAGCCACGAUCUGAUAGCCAAGAGGUUUAGCUUUUCUAUUUAUGCAUAUACAAGCGUUCAAAAGUUUGGAAUCACAAUUUAAAAGUUUGAGAUCAAUGGUUUCAAUAAAAUAAAAUACAUAUAGUUGAUAAAUGUAUAAAAUGAUUCUAUGAUGAUGCUACCACUCUGUAACUUCACAGAUUUCAACUAAUUAGCAGGAAGAUGUAAACAAUGAAGAAAGUUUAGAUGUGUCUGAGUGAUGAACAGAGCUGUAGAUGAUUCCAGAUGGUUGAGAAUGUUGUAUAACACUGAGAAUGAGGUCAAAAUAAAAUUAACAUCCAGAACAGAUUGUAUUCGAUACAUAGUCACCACAUCUCAAGGCGCGUAAUUGAUUAAGAAAUUACUAUAAAUAGAUGGCCCCAUCCAACAAGUACCACAUUUACACUGUAUAAGUUAUUAUUGAAUAAGAUUACAGCAAUUAUUAGCAUGACAGGUGAGUCCAAACUUUUGAAUGCUGGUGUAUAUGCUAGUCCAUCAAAAAAUAGGCAUGCAAUGCAAAGAUUACUGUUAUUCUGAGCAGUUAAGAAGCUCAGCUGUGAAAAGGUUUGGGAAUUAUAUGAUCAGCGAACAUUACAGUUUUCAAGAAACUAGACCCUCCUUUUACUGCUGUAAAAAGACGAUCCCUGAAAUUAUUACACGACUCCAACAUGUCAACAGUGCUAAGAUAAAUGGUCACUUCUGCCAUUUUUUACAAGACUUAGCAGUCAUUGUAACUGCCAGCAUCUCUAAGGCCCAAUCCCAUUUCACCCCUUGACCCUACCACUUAGCCCUAACUUCUCCGUUUUGCGCGUUCAUGCCUAGGGUUAGGGUGUCUCGAUUUUUCUUGAGAUAUAGGGGUAGGGUGAAGUGUUAGGGCUAAAUGGCCCUCAAAAUGGAGUUUUUUCAGAGGCUCACUCUAAACAGAGUCUUAUGAGAAAAAAAAAAACAGCAAGAUGGCUCCACAAGCAACCAAAGUAUAUAAGAGUAUUUUCUUCACUAAAAAUUAUGAUAACCAUUGUAUUAUCUUAGUUCAUGGUCGUUUCAAUGCAUUUUGGUCCUUUUCUUCAUAGCAAGCAUAAAAACA